AUUGACAGUAAUGAAAUCAUAUUCUGUCGGGGUUAGGUUAUAAAACAACAAAUCAAUCAGAAAUAAAUAUUACUGAGGAAAACGAAAACUAUGAAUAAUCUAAGAAAGUUACUGAUAACUCCAAGUUUUACGAGACUUAGUUCUUCAGCACCACCUGAAUUCGUUAACAGAAACCCGCGGAACUUGGAAAGGAUACGAAUUGCCCGCAAACCUGAUGGCUACCACUUGGAAGCUCCUGGCAGAAAGUUCUGGCAUAAGUUGACUUUAACAGCCAGUAAUCGUACAGUUACAGCUCAAGUAGUACAUUAUAUGAAUGGUGCUGUAAUUGAAGCUAAAACUUCAGAGUGGGCCCUCCGUAAACAACUAUAUAGUAUCAACGACACCUGUGCUUACAUAAACUUGGGAAAAGUUUUUGCCCAAAGAUGUCUUGAAAGUGGGAUAACUGAAAUGUAUUGUGACCUAAAGCCUGUUAAAGAUGGGAAAGUAGAUAGGUUUUUGAAAGAAGUUACAAAUGGAGGAGUUAAGCUAGAAGAACCAGAUGUUUAUAAAAAACCACACCCAUGGGACUUGCUACGGCCAGAGAAACCAUGGGUUGUAGCUGAAGAAGAAUAGUUUGUAGAUACUAGUUUCUGAAGUCAGUAGUCAAGUUAAAAUAUUUAAGUAAAUAAAAAUAUAGGGUAUUACUCA